ACUGUCUGUGGAUGGUGGGUGUCGGAAGGGUGGGAAGACUUGUCGGGGAGGGUGUGUGAGUGAACAAGCCAGAACGUCUCGGUCUCACGAUUCAGUUUCUUCAUUUGAGAGACCGCUUGCACGAGUCAUAACCUGACAAACAAGCCCGGGAAUCCCUCUAGCCAUGGCAGGAGCUGGAGGUGGGAGCAAUGACGUGCAGUGGUGCUUCUCACAGGUGAAGGGGGCCAUUGAUGACGACGUUGCCGAAGCCGACAUCAUAUCUACCGUGGAGUUCAACCACUCAGGGGAGCUGCUAGCCACAGGAGACAAGGGUGGCAGGGUCGUCAUCUUUCAGCAGGAAAUAGAGAAUAAGAGUCAGCCACAGUGCCGUAGUGAGUACAAUGUUUACAGUACUUUCCAGAGCCAUGAGCCCGAGUUUGACUACUUGAAGAGUUUAGAGAUCGAGGAGAAAAUCAACAAAAUCCGCUGGCUGCCCCAGAAGAACGCAGCUCAGUUCCUGUUGUCCACAAACGACAAAACCAUAAAGUUGUGGAAGAUCAGUGAACGAGACAAGCGACCAGAGGGCUACAACCUGAAAGAGGAGGAUGGACGCUACAUAGACCCCAACACUGUCACUGCACUUCGAGUGCCUGUGUUUAGACCCAUGGACCUCAUGGUGGAGGCGAGCCCUCGCAGGGUGUUUGCCAACGCGCACACCUACCACAUCAACUCCAUCUCCAUAAACAGUGACCAUGAGACGUAUCUAUCCGCAGACGACCUGCGCAUCAAUCUCUGGCACCAGGAGAUCACCGACCGCAGCUUCAACAUUGUGGAUAUAAAGCCAGCCAACAUGGAGGAGCUGACGGAGGUGAUUACAGCAGCUGAGUUCCAUCCACACCAGUGCAACACCUUUGUCUACAGCAGCAGCAAGGGCACCAUCCGCCUCUGUGACAUGAGGGCAUCAGCACUAUGUGACACGCACUCCAAAUUGUUCGAGGAGCCGGAGGACCCCAGCAACCGCUCCUUCUUCUCUGAGAUAAUCUCUUCCAUCUCAGACGUCAAGUUCAGCCACAACGGGCGCUACAUGAUGAUCCGUGACUACCUGUCUGUCAAGAUUUGGGACCUCAACAUGGAGAACAGGCCCGUGGAGACAUACCAGGUUCACGAGUACCUCAGGAGUAAGCUGUGCUCGCUCUAUGAAAAUGACUGCAUCUUCGACAAGUUUGAGUGCUGCUGGAACGGAAAUGACAGUGUGGUGAUGACGGGCUCAUACAACAAUUUCUUCCGGAUGUUUGACCGGGGCCAGAGGCGUGACGUGACCCUGGAGGCGUCCCGGGAGGGCAGUAAGCCACAGCAGGUCCUGAAGCCCCGCAAGGUGUGUGCCGACGGGAAGCGGAAGAAGGAUGAGAUCAGUGUAGACAGCCUGGACUUCAACAAGAAAAUCCUCCACACUGCCUGGCACCCUCAGGACAACAUCAUCGCCGUGGCAACCACCAACAACCUCUAUAUAUUCCAGGACAAAGUGAACUAGAUGUUUUCUGUGAAGGCAGACUCCACUACCUUCAGCCUUUAAUUUUAGUCAAGAACAAAAUGUGUGACAACAUCGCCGUCAACAACAACUAACCUGUCAUUGGACAAAACAGACUUUGCAAUGUUUCCAGGUGUGGAAAACUGGAACCAUAUUCUUGCCCACCAUCAGCCUCUGUGGCACAGUGAUGCGUCACUCACCAUGAUAUUGUUUUGGUGGUGAUGUGCCAAUCUGUGCGUCGCCUGCCCAGUAUCGCCCAGCCCCAGGGCAACAUGGGAAACUCGUUUAAUUUAUAUGUAUGUCUGACAUGCACAAUUUCUUUGGGGGGGGGUCGAGGGCUAGUAAAAAAAAWUUUUUUUAAACACGCCGAGAACCAUCCCUGCUCCUUCAGCACCUCUCAUUGUCUGGUGCCAUAGUCAUGUUUUUUUUUUAUUAGUCAACUGCCAAACUGUUCUGUUUUAAUUCAAUUACAAGAACUGGUGUUCUGUUUCUAUUGUUUCUCAUACCA